AUGGGUAGAAGAAGCAGAGCUGCUAUGCUCCCAACAAAUAUUAUUCUUUUGCAGAAUUUGGUAAAACGUGAUCCAGAGUCCUAUCAAGAGGAGUUUCUUCAACAGUAUGCACACUAUGAAUCCUUGAGGGACAUAUUUAUGCUAAACGGUCUUACCGGUGGUGAUUCUGCCGCCGCUACUAACGGGCUGGUUGUAGGAAAUGGUUCAUCUACAAUGGCAGGGAGUAAUGGUACCACUAUCAGCACUUCAACCUCUCAACUUAUUGAAUUGGUUGGUUUUGUAUCCCAAGUUUGUUCAUGUUUCCCACGUGAGACUGCAAACUUUCCCUCCGAAUUAAAGCAGCUUCUAUUGGAACAUCACAAGUCAUUGCCAUUUGAAUUGAAGGAAAAAAUCCUAAGUUGUUUAACAAUGCUAAGAAAUAAAAACGUCAUUACCGCUGAGGAAUUGAUUCAAAGUUUGUUUCCAUUGCUGGUGGCCUACUCUUCCCAUGGUAAUUCCCUUGGUGCCAAUUCACAUGCUAAGGAGUUAAGAAAAAUCAUCUAUACGAAUUUAAUAUCCUUAUUGAGAAGUUGUAACACUAGUGGUAAGAACCAGAAAUUAAACAAAUCCACACAAGCAGUUUGCUUCAAUCUGUUGGACAAACCAGAUUCUCAGGGUGUUUGGGCUACAAAAUUAACUAGAGAACUUUGGAGACGUGGUAUUUGGGAUGAUUCAAGAACUGUAGAAAUUAUGACCCAAGCCGCUUUACACCAGGAUGUUAAGAUUGCCAUGUCAGGUGUAAUGUUUUUCUUAGAUGCUGAUAGAGAGCGUGAAGAGAAUUUUGAAGAAAAAUCGGAUGAUGAAGAUGGAUUCGAUUUGGAUGCGUUAAAGCAUAAAAUGCAAGUCAACAAAAAAUCAGGUAGACGUGGUAAAAAGCUAGAAAAUGCCAUAAAAACUGUUAAAAAAAAGCAGAAGAAUGGUCCAGGUACUCCACAAGGUUACUUGAAUUUCAGUGCCAUCCACCUUUUGAGAGAUCCACAAGGGUUUGCUGAAAAACUAUUCAAAGAACAUCUUUCGGGUAAAACGAAAAACAAAUUCGACCUCGAACAAAAAAUAUCUUUGAUGCAUUUACUAUCAAGGCUAAUUGGUACACAUAAGUUGAUUGUUUUGGGCAUUUACACAUUCUUCUUAAAAUAUCUAACUCCAAAGCAAAGGGAUGUUACUAGAAUUAUGUCAGCAUCUGCUCAAGCAUGUCAUGACCUUAUCCCACCUGAAGUUAUAAACGUCAUGGUUAGAAAAAUUGCCGAUGAGUUCGUAUCAGAUGGUGUCGCCAAUGAAGUUGCUGCUGCUGGUCUUAAUACCAUCAGAGAAAUAUGUUCUCGUGCACCAUUAGCCAUCGAUGAAAUCUUGUUGCAAGAUUUGGUAGAGUAUAAGGGAUCUAAAGCUAAAGGUGUUAAUAUGGCUGCCAAGUCGUUGAUAGCGCUAUAUAGAGACGUUGCACCGGAAAUGUUGAAGAAGAGAGAUCGUGGUAAGAAUGCGGCCAUGGAAGUUCAAGGAGCCAGAAGAGAAGGUAAAGAUUCAAGAAGACCACAAUUUGGUGUUGAAAACAAUGUCCAAGGGAUUGCUGGUAUUGAACUACUAGCUAAAUGGAAAAAAGAAAAUGGUGACGAAGAUGAGGAUGAGGAUGCAGAGGCUAACUGGGAAGUAGAUGCCGGCGGCCAAGACGGAGAAGUCGAUGGUGAAUGGGUCACCAUGGACAGUGACAAAGAAUACGAGGUCAAUAUGGAAGAUAGUGACGAAGAAAAGGAUAAAGCUGACGAAAAAGAAAUAGAUUCCGACUUGGAACUAAGCGGCGACGAUGAAGAUAAAGAAGAAAAGAAGAAACAAGAAAUUAUGGACAUGGAUCCUGAAGCUGCCUUCCGUGAAAUUGCUUCCACCCGUAUUUUGACUCCUGCCGAUUUUGCCAAGCUACAAGAAUUGCGUAAUGAAGACAGUGUUGCUAAAAUUAUGGGUGUUCACAAGCAGGACAGACGUGAAGAGCUAGUCGAUUCAAACACACUAACUGGUCCUAUCAGAUACAAGCAGUCACGUGAAGAAAGAUUACAAAAAGUGCUGGAAGGUCGUGAAGGUAGAGAUAAGUUCGGUAGUAGACGUGGUAAGCGUGACAAUGUUCGUUCCACUACCAAUAGAGAAAAGGAAAGAAGAAAGAAUUAUGUCAUGUCCAUUCACAAGAGAUCCGUCAGAACUAAACAAAAAAUGUCAUUACGAGACAAACAAGUGGUGUUGCGUGCACAUAUCUCCAAACAAAAGAAGAAGGGGUACUAG